CUUUCGGAUGCCCGAUGCUCCCGACGCGCAGGCGCAUCGGCGCACCCGCUCGGGCGACAGCAGCGGCGGCGGACCGGAAAAACUCUCAGCAGGCACAGCGUGUGCAGCCCCGCGGCCGCCGCAGGGCGCAGGCAGUGGUAGCGAGCUACCUACACCGCGCCACAGAGCCACCAUACCCCCUCCCUCCUCCUCGCCACCGACGCCGCCGCGGGUUUAAUUCCUCCAUGUGAGCGACGUCUCUACACUACAGCCCGUGCGGAGCGCGGAAGAUUUCCCUCGACAGUUCGGUCAGGUCAGAGGAUUUUUGAAUGGUACUGAUUGAACCAAUCAUGAGGGAAAUGCUCUGGAGUAAACUCGUGCCCUUCCUUUCUAAGCGUUAUAUUUCCAGCUGCCAGACCUCUGUAUCUUCACCUUUGUCCUUGCGCCCCCCGGUACAACCAUGGCUAUUUGUUGGUCUUGGCAACCCCGGUGAGAAGUACCAAUCCACCAGGCACAAUGUGGGAUUUGAUAUGAUAGAUGCAUUUGCACAGUCUCAGGGUAUACUCCUGACUAGUCAUUACUUCAAAGCACUAUUUGGUGAAGGGAUGGUAGAUGGGGUCCCUGUUCUUCUUGCCAAGCCUCAAACUUAUAUGAAUCUCAGUGGAGAAUCUGUUGGCCCACUUGCUGCCUAUUAUAAACUGCCACUUAACCGUGUCCUAGUGGCAUUUGAUGACAUGGACUUGCCAUGUGGAGUUCUUCGUUUACAGCCUAAAGGAGGAUAUGGACGACACAAUGGGUUGAAGAGUGUGAUAUACCACUUCCGUAGGAAUCGAGAAUUUUGCCGAUUAAGGAUUGGAAUUGGACGGCCACCUGGCCAGAUGGAUCCUAAAGCUUUUGUUCUUCAGAAGUUUAAUAGGACUGGUCGUGAACGGAUUGAUUCAGCCAUAAAAGAGGGUGUUGAGAUUCUGAAGAUGGUGGCCACCAAGGGUUUGACAGAGGCGGCAAGGUUGUCAAAUGUGGAUCAGAAGUAUAAGCAUCUGAGGUCACAUGAUCUUCAAGACUAAAAGAUAACUAAACUCUGCUUAUCUAGGAAUUGCUAUUUCAGCUGUUGUAUGUCUCAUACUCAUGUUCUCGUCAAGUAUAUCUGGUGGAUGUCUGAUGUGAGAAUCUAAUACCAACGAAUGUUCUCCCCGAGGAUACAUAGAUGGAUACACUCUGCAGCAGACACUCUUUGGCGUUGGAUAUGGAAUUUUCAAGUUUUUCCAUGGUCAAAUUCGAUUGACUCGAUAGUUGUUGAAAUCCGAAGAUGGGAAAACAUUUAACGGCUA